AUGCUUGGCCUGGGAGUGACACGGAAUGUUGUGCAGCAUGCAGUGCGUGCGGGUGCGGUUGCUGGAGGCGCGGUGAGGUGGGCGACGGCGACGGCGGCUCGGGAAGGUACGGCGACCGAGCCCAAGCCGGUCUACCUCGACUACGCUGCAACGACACCGAUGGACCCACGGGUGCUCGACGCCAUGCUCCCGCACAUGGUGGAGAACUUUGGCAACUCGGGCUCGCGGACUCAUGCCUAUGGCUGGGAGUCGGAGGAUGCUGUGGAGGAGGCCCGGGCUUCGGUGGCUGAGCUCAUCGGUGCCUCGCCCAAGGACAUUGUGUUUACCUCGGGCGCUACCGAGUCGAACAACAUCGCUGUCAAGGGCGUCCCGCGCUUCUACUCGCGCUCGAAGAAGCACGUCAUCACCACUCAGAUCGAGCACAAGUGCGUGCUCGACUCGUGCCGCGCCCUCGAGCGUGAGGGCUUUGACGUCACCUACCUCCCCGUCCAGACGAACGGCCUCAUCGACAUGGCCGAGCUCGAGGCAUCCAUCCGCGACGACACGGCUCUCAUCUCCAUCAUGGCUGUGAACAACGAGAUCGGCGUGACCCAGCCCAUUGCCGACAUCGGCGCCCUCGCCAAGUCGCGCAAGGUCUUCUUCCACACCGACGCUGCGCAGAUGUUCGGCAAGAUGCCCAUCAACGUCGACGACAUGAACAUCGACCUGCUCUCCAUCUCGAGCCACAAGAUCUACGGGCCCAAGGGUGUGGGUGCACUGUACGUCCGCCGCCGCCCGCGAGCGCGGCAUCCGCUCUGGCACCUCCCCACCGAUCUGGUGGUCGGCCUCGGCGCGGCAGCCAAGGUGGCGUCCGAGGAGAUGGCUUACGACUCGGCCCAUGUGGCCGCGCUCUCGGAGCGGCUCACCCGCGGCAUCCUCGAUGCCAUUCCCGAGGUCGAGAUCAACGGCGACCCCGUGGCGCGGUACCCCGGCCUGAUGAACUACUCGUUUGCCUACGUUGAGGGCGAGUCGCUCCUCAUGGCGCUCAAGGACAUCGCCAUCUCGUCCGGCUCGGCGUGCACCUCGGCCUCGCUCGAGCCGUCGUACGUUCUCCGCUCGCUGCAGGUCUCGGAGGACCUUGCCCACUCCUCGCUCCGCGUCUCGCUCUCGCGCUUCUCCACUGUCGAGGAGGUCGACCACACCAUCGCCCUCCUCAAGGGCGCCGUCGAGCGCCUCCGCGACAUGUCGCCGCUGUGGGAGCUGGUCCAGGAGGGCGUCGACCUCUCGACCAUCAAGUGGACCGCCGACCACUAA